ACGUUGCCUGAGCACAUGGGAUUACAACACGCCAAGCCUUAUUUCAGCUCUCAGCCCCCGAUCCGUUCCAGUGUCACAUCAGGGGCUCUCUCGCUGCAUUUCAGGGGCAACACCAGAGUGGAGGAAGCCUGUGAAAUGUACACCAGGGCUGCCAACAUGUUCAAGAUCGCCAAAAACUGGAGCGCCGCAGGAAACGCGUUUUGUCAGGCGGCCAAGCUGCACAUGCAGCUGCAGAGCAAACACGACUCAGCCACCAGCUUCGUGGAUGCCGGGAACGCCUACAAAAAAGCAGACCCACAAGAGGCCAUCAACUGCUUAAAUGCAGCUAUUGAUAUCUACACUGACAUGGGGCGAUUCACUAUUGCUGCCAAGCACCACAUCACCAUUGCGGAGAUCUACGAGGCUGAGCUGGUAGAUAUCGAAAAGGCAAUUGCACACUACGAGCAGGCUGCAGACUAUUACAAAGGAGAGGAGUCUAACAGCUCAGCCAACAAGUGUCUGCUGAAGGUGGCUGCCUAUGCCGCGCAGCUGGAGCAGUACCAGAAGGCGAUAGAGAUCUAUGAGCAGGUUGGAACAAACACAAUGGAUAAUCCUUUACUGAAGUAUAGUGCGAAAGAGUAUUUCUUCAAAGCCGCUCUGUGCCACUUCAUUGUGGAUGAACUGAACGCAAAGCUUGCGCUUGAGAAAUACGAAGAAAUGUUCCCAGCAUUCACAGAUUCACGGGAGUGCAAGCUAUUGAAAAAACUGCUGGAAGCCCACGAGGAGCAGAACUGUGAGGCAUACACCGAGGCAGUUAAGGAAUUUGAUUCAAUAUCCCGGUUGGAUCAGUGGCUUACAACCAUGUUGCUUCGCAUCAAAAAGUCAAUCCAAGGAGAAGGGGAUGGGGAUCUGAAAUGAAUCGUGUGUGGUAUUUGUGGCAUGCAGCCUAAGUAAUCUGUUCUUGUGUUACAGCCAAGGACCAUUACAGGAUACCGGAUAAAAAAUCUCUAGCUUUAUUUUGUUGCUUACAGAUCCAAUGACUUGUGUGUUUCUUUAGUACCCUGCUCUUUGUUGUGACAACAUGGGUAGAUGAGAAGCGAUGCUCUGGGUGUCACUGGCAGAUCUUUCUGAGGGCAGAAAUUCUUUAUUGGUUUUGUUAGCUGAUGAAUCCAAAGUCUGCACUUGGAACUGCUGUUUUUUCCCACUGUUCUGUCUUAAGGCUCAGUACCAUUGAUUCCAGCAUGUAAAUAUUUUGUCAGUGCCAGUAAGGUACAAAUAACUGCUUCUGCUCUGUUGCUGUAUUGUUACCAUUUUCUGUUCCUAAAUGGACCACUGUCAGAGACACUUGGAUCUUGGUUUUUUAAAUGAUUGAGCUUUUCUAAUGGUGCUAGUGAAAGGCUUUGUGACUUGUAUAUACAGUGUGCAUGUGUGUGUAUACACCCUAUACAGAUACAUGUGUGCACAUAUAAAUACAGCAUACCUAAGGACCGCGCACUGAAGGCGUUACGUGCUAGGGGACAGGACUGCUUAGGUUGGUGACAGUUGUUGUGAGUAGACCUAGUUAAUGGUCUAUUUUGUAUUUCAGAUCUAAAUAUAAAAUGUAAGGUUCUCCUCUAUUUUCUUGGAUCUAUUUUUCCACUUUAUUUUGUGGUGCAUCCCAUCCCUCCUACCCCAAGAUAACUUGACCUGAGUAAUAAUCUAUUUUUCUAACUCUUCGUUUACAUGAACUCCCGCUGCCGUCUCUAGUACAGGUCUUCUGUGUGCGCCGGGCAGUACCCGUUCAAUUUCCAACCUCUUGGCGAAGCCGCCUCAUUCCUGGGAUGUGCAAAAGCACUGACCGAGACCUGAUGUUAUACAGAAACCUUGUUUCAGUUGUCUGGGUGACACUUGGAUCAAGCUUGCUUUGAAAAGGUGCAGAGACACUUAAAAAUUCCUGCAGUAAUUUUAGAAAUGUGGUUUUAAAUGUCUGCAACCAGGGCUCUUCCAUGCAGUGCUUUGUUUAACUAGAGGAUUGAGCUACUUUUUACUUCAUCUCUACAUAUUGAGAAGGGCUUGGGAGCCUCUGCAGUUUGUCAGCAGGAGUUGUCACUUAGUAUUUCUCUGCAAAGAAUGAAAAAGUAAUUAACUACCUGCUUUAAGUGGGUCCUCUUCCAUGGCCAGAGCAGGAACAUCAUGGUAGCUCCCAGCAGGCAGCUUUGGUGGGAACUGCCUAUUGUUUCUCUUGAAGUGAUAGUCUCUGGCAACCAAAAUGCCAGCUUUUGUACUUCUCAUCUGUUUGUUUUUAAUACAGGUAUUUUAGUUGACCGCAGUUUGGCUUAUGAAUCUAAAGGGUUUAGUUCUAUUAAAGUGGUACUUUACCACCAGCUUAUGAAAAAGAUGACCCAAAAACGCUCCUGGUACAUGCCAAAUUAAUUUUUGUGUUUUCCUGAUUGAUCUCACACUGGUCACUUAUUUUUGCAGACAUUAUGCUGUGCAUCCUAACUUGAUAGAGCAGGCCCGUGAGCUGUGCAGACCUGGCAAGGUGGGUGCACUGCAAAAGUUCUUCCAAGCAGCUUCAGUUUCUUAACUUCUCAGAUGAGCUUUUAAGGCUACAGCUCAUGCUAAACCUCAAAACCAUUACUUUAGCUUAGACCACUAUGUGUCACAUUGGUCCUUCCCACAAACUUGGCAAAGAAAUCCUUCAAAUUCAGUUUAAUGCAUGGUCCUCAUCUAUGUCCACACCUUGGCUCAGCAGAAGCAGGGACCUACUGCUGUUUUUCUGAGGGCCUCCUGUUCCUCUACCGGUGUCCUUCGCAUGCUUCUGCCACCUCCACUGGGCAGAAAAAAGGCAGAGUUUAGGCUGCAGCCAGCCUGGUAAGUAGGGGUUCCUACAGCUAAGCUGCAUGAGCUGCAGCUCUGAUCUCCUCACUGAACUGUGGUAAAAGGAUGGGGUUGGAACCAGUUUUGUUUGUUUCCAGGUUUACCUGGACUUGUGUCUAGCGCCUCUGGAGCCCCAGCAAAGGGAUGCACAGGCACUGAGGUUUACUUUUCUUAGCAUUAUACAGAACCAAGGUGAAGAUUUUAUGCCUUUUUUUUUUUUUUUGGUGUUCCCUUUUACUAUUGUCAGUAUUAGGCACAGUUGUGACAAGGUGCAGAGGGAGCUGGUGGAGCAGAAGCCCGUACCCAUGGGGUUGUGUGGUCUGUUACUGUGCUCUGGAGUAAUAUCAUUAAAAUACAACUGUUAGUUCUGUGUAAGUAAGCUACAGCAUGUCCUCCAGUGUAUCAGUGGUAAAUUGUGACAGUUCUAAAGUGACGAUCUGCCACUCUGCUGUAUUUUCCCCCUAGUACACCACUCUGUACUAUGAAAACUUACUAAUGAAAAGCCUUAGCAAGAAUAUAA